AUGGAUCAAAUUUUUGAUUUUAAAGCAAUGAAAGAUGCCGGAGUUAAUUUUUCAGUGAAGUACCUUGAUGAGGCAAAGCCUCAAAUCCCUGAUUCCUCAGAUGGUAAUAUACCUAGAGAUUACGAAAAAACAAGCGAAUUUCGUUAUGUAAAAAAAUUAGUAAAAACACUUAAUAAAAGUAAAUUUUUAGAUUAUUUUGAUAAAUGUCGAGAAUGUAAUAAAUUAUUUCAUGACCCUGAUUUAGGAAGUUAUUGUAAAAAACAUAUACUAAAUAAACGAGGUUGUUGUAAAAAUCAUUGUUGUAUUGAUGAAGAAGCUGGACAUU